AUGUCAACAUCGACAUCGGCGAUGGCAUACCCGAGGAUACUUUUCCAGGGGUCUACGAGGUCCCGGACUUUGCAGCCCAAUCGAUUGUUCCCGGGUGGUGGUGCUGGGAACCAUCUAACAGGUCUACAACGACACCAUUCCGCCAUUGCCACAUUUCAUACGUCGUCACCAGGAAGAGAAAAUGUGAGGACAACGACGAGUGCCGACACAACCACAACGACCACCACGAAACAAGAAAACCUCGAGUUUCUCAAAACGUUUGAAGAAGUCGAAUCAUCCCAUGAACCUCGUCGUCGAGAUGACAGUGGCAGUGACACAGACGGACAGAACGGAAGGAUCGAAUACACCGUCUGGCGUCGACGACAGACUUCUGACGGCGAUUCCGAGAUCGCCACGGUACGAAUCAACAACCCUACUCGGGCAAACUCGUUGGGGUCUGUUUUGCUCAACGGCCUCACAGACAUUCUUUCCAAGUUGGCCACUCGUCGAGAUUUACGUCUCGUCGAGAUUACUGGUUGCCCACCGCCACCUCGGUGGUCGACAGAAUCUACCUCGGACGGGAGCAGCGGUGGCAGUGGCGGUGGUGGCGGUGGUGUUCCCAAGUUUUGUGCCGGCGCAGAUUUGAGAGAAAUGUAUUCCCUGGCCACACCCCUCGAGGCACGUCGAUUCAUCACGUCGGUCCGGGACGCCUGUCAGGCCCUCCGAGACAUGCCCGUCCCGACUCUGGCAAAAGUCGACGGGGCGACGUUGGGUGCCGGCCUCGAGCUCGCCGCGUCUUGUGAUUUCCGCGUCGCCACCCGCCGGUCCGCGUUCGCCAUGCCCGAGGUCAAGGUGGGCAUCCCUUCGGUCGUCCAGGCCCGCUUGCUCGCCAACAUCGUCGGGUGGCAGCGCACGAGGGAGUUGGUCUACCUCGGCCGGACCGUCGACGGGUCGACGGCGGCCCGAUGGGGUCUGGUGGAUCGCCUGACCGAAACCCCGGAGGGUCUGGACGACGCCUGUCUGGAAAUGGCGAGGACAGUGGUCGAGAACGGACCGAGAGCGAUGAGAUCGCAAAAGAGGUUGAUCAGGCUGUGGGAGGAACAACCCCUUCAAGCGGGCGUGGACGCCGGUGUAACCGAAUUUGCAGACAUGUGGACGGAAGACGGCGGUGAAGAAGUCAAAAAGUACAUGGGCCGUGUUUUGAUCAGGAAGAAUAAAGGCAGCGAAAAGAGAUGAUACAACCAUGAUUCUCUUACAUUAUAUCCAGACGCCCAACUUCCUGGGGCUAUAUACCAUCACACCAAAAUAUCAAUCUGAUUCAUACAUAUCUCGACGGGAAAAUACAUCACUAAUGAAUUACCCCACCAAUACGCAAUAUCACCACCACCAUCAGCUCUGCGCCAACACAGUCAAAACUCUCUGGAACAAUUCUGCAGGACUCGGCGCCUGAGCAGAUGAGACAAUUCUCAAUGCACCAUUGAGAUCCCUGCUGGACGAUGUGGUAUUAUCCUCACCGCCGUCCUUGAUUGUCUUUUCAUUUUCCACCAAAGACCCAACAGUUCCAAAAAUGCUAUCCAGGCUCUUGGUGACUUGGUCGGGCUCUUGAGAUGCUGCGGCCGCCUGACCCAAAACUGAAGAGAGUGCGCUUGUGCCCGAAGGCUUCAGUGAUCUGUACACAUUCCUGUCGUCGAUCAUCAAGAAACCAGGACGGGUCGUCAGGGCGAGUAGACUCUUUAAACCACCCGCUAGAGAACUCUCAUACAAAGGCUUGAUGUCUCCUGCAAUGAUACUGAAUAUGACAAGUUUCGUAGAUUUCGGUGCUGAAGUCUUUGUCAAACUGACUGCGACUUUUUGGUCAAGUUUGUUGACGGCGAG